AUGCUUUCUAUACAGAUAUUCAAGAACAGAAAGACCCGUUCGGUCUUCUUAUUCUUUUCAGUUGUUUUUCUGCUGGCGUCAGAGCAGCAUUUCGUUGUUGCUGCGGCAUCCUACGCACCGUUGGGCGACCAUUGGACAGCUGCUGCCGCCGUGCAUCCCAGUACACCUCUUCAGUUCCUCCGCCAGCAUAUUUUAUUGGAAAACGUGACGAAUGCGAAUGUCGUCCCCUCCGUUGAGGAGAGCAGCGUGGUUUCUGCAAGGUAUGUGCGAGAUGGUAAUAUAAAAGUUCCUGAUGCCUUGCACGAGACUCUCAACUUCGACAGCUCCUUUCAUCCGGAGUCACCAGACACUCAACGGCCCCUGCCCGUGAAAGUCUCCGGGAUAGACGACCAAGCUGACGCCCUUCAGCAGCAGCUCCGCGCGCAGCAACUUAGAGAUGUUUCGGAUGCAGAUAGAGGCGAUUGGGAUUGGGCUACUGAGGACGAGUGGGCAGAGGGGGAAGGGCAAGGAGAAAAGGAGAAGGAGAAUCAGAAGGAAGAGGAGCACCACGAAGAAAACGGCAACGAUGAUCAGGAGCCUGUAGAGGGGGCCGGAGUUGUCCCGCAGUGGCAGCUGCAAGGGUCUGCAGCAGAAGAUUCUUCUGUUGCAACCAACGUAAAUACUAGUGGUGCUGGCCGCAGGACAUCAGACAGGUUCGUGGACCCACGCAGUGAGCAUCAGUGGCCACAGCAGCAGCAACAACAGCAACGCAACGGGCAGCAGUUCGAGCAAAGCAACGAUGACUGGCUUGGACUCCCUUCGCAGCAGCAGCAGCGGCAGCCCUUGCCGCCGCAGCAGCAGCUGCUGCCUCCAAACCGAAAUCCUUACGGUCGAGGAGGAGAGGAUGAGUUCCUAAAUCAGGGCCCCAUCACCAAUGGCCCAACCGGCAUGAGGGGCCACAUGACGGCCCCCCUGGAGGCCCAGCUGGUAGUUCGCCUUUCGGCCAACGGGGCGUACCCGCUGGGCUCCCUUCUGGGGCUGCAUCUAUGGGCCCACGUGAGGGCCCCGUUGGAGGCCUACCUGGGGGCCCACCUGGGGGCCCCUCUCGCGAACAAUUUGGAGUACAGUCUGGGAGCCUACCUGGAGGGGUACCUGGAAGUUCACGUGUGGGGCAAUCUGAGGGACUUGGGGGCCCCCCUCUAG